AUGAGAUUCCUUUCGGUCUUCUCUGUAUUGUUCCUAGUGAGACUAUCAAGCUGCGAUGAGGUUGUCUUUGACCUCUCUUCUCCUGAUCCUUCCUUGGCUAGAGACUAUAAAAGUACUGUGGAUGGAGUAGUUCACCACUCAUUCUUCUCUACUGGAUUGUUCUUCAGCAAGGUAGUAGAUGGUGGAGUUACUCUCUGGGAAGGUAAGGGAGAAGAGAGAUGCGAUGUACUAUUCACAAGUGUUGGUGAUAGAACAAGAGCUGUUCUCCAUGUAUGGGUUAAGGGUUUACCAUCCAGGAUGUUGUACUAUGAGAAACUAGACGGGGAAUGGAAGCUGGUAACUAUAAGAGUUAAAGGUCUUCCAGAGUCAGAGGAACCAGUCUCUCCACAGGAACAUGCAGCUGAACUUAACUUUGCCAACCUUGGGUGCCCAUUAGGAGGAUGCUCAGGUUCAGAAGUUCCAUCUCAUGAUGAAGACCUAGGAGACCUUGAUGAUCAAGACUCUGGAGAGACUCUUGUAGAAGAAGUACAGCCAGAAGUUGCUCCUGCAGAAUCUCCAGAGGAUGAUGAACCUGGGAAGGAAUCAGAAUCUGAUGAUAUGGGAGACCCGUCCAAAGAGAAUGAGCAGGAAGCCAGAGUAGAGGAGACUAUGCUGGAGGGUGUUACAUCUGAAGAUGAGGAACCGAAAGCUUCAGAGCCUCCGAAGAAUGCUGAGAAAAAUGUCGCUCCUACUCAUAGUCAAGUCCUUGAAAAGGGUGAACAUGUUUCUCAUGGGCUCGGUAAAUCUACAGCUGGCGGUGCAUCUCUUGAUAAUAUUGCUUCACAUCAUUCAGAAGUUAAACAGGAAAGUCCUAAAAAGCAUCUCCAGGGUACAUCUCCAAAAGAUACUCCUAAGGCUCCUACUCAACCAGGAUCAGUUCCUGAAGUUAAGCAGGAACAAAAUCCAGCUACAAAUCUCCAGGGUGGUGCCAAGAAAGAGCAAGACGAAGCUAAAGAACAACAACCAGCAGCUAAGCCUGUAACUCUGAGUGAACGUGCUAAAAAGGUUGAUGCAAAGUCGUUUGAUGUGAGAGAAUCUAGCUCUAAUGGAGUGCCACUUUUGACAUGCACACCAAGGUCUGGCGUUGUAGCUAAUGAACUCAAGUAUGGUGACGAAACCAUAUGGAAUAACUCUAGAGGGUCAUGUUUAUCAGCCCUAAUCUACUUUAAAGGAGAGAAGCCAUAUGUUGUAACAGUGCAGUAUAGAGAGAAUGAAGAAGAUCGCACUCUCUUCUUCCACAAUACCGGUAGCAAGUGGGAGCAUAACAAAAGAGAACAUGAGAGGAAACUCUGUGGAUUGAAGGGACUUCCCACUCCUCAGUCAGCUGGACAAGCUGGUGGUACUACUCUUGUUACUCUGGACCUUGCUCAUCCGGACAGGUCCAAGGUAUCUAUAAAUGAUCAGUCCAGUGAUGUAAUGAAUAUAAUGGAAUAUACUCCAAAGAAUGGUUAUCACAUAUCCUCUGUUAUGGAUGGUGGAGUUGAAGUCUGGACUGCUGGAACUGGAGAAACUUCUGGGCUUGUAAACUCUUACACAAAAGGAGACUCUUCUCUCAUUACCAUAGGUGUAGAUAAAGGUGAUGACUUGGAGCAUAAGCAUUUCGAGAAAGUUGAUGGAAAAUGGAGGGAGGUUACACUUGGUGACUUUUUAAAGAAGUAUAAUGAAAUGAAGGGACUUCCUAAAGCUUCCAAAUAG